GGAAGGGGCCAAGAGCAGGUCUUGUUCGGCUUCUGUGCUCACCUGAUACCUGUGAUACAGCAAAUCCACAGUCAUGAAGAUCCUUCACCUGCUCUUUUCUCUCCUCCUCUUGGCACUCCAGGUUUCACCAGGUUUGUCUUCACCCCGGCGGGACAUGUUUUUCUGUAGAAAAGGGUCCUGCCACUUCGGAAGAUGUCCCAUCCCUCUGGUUAAAGUUGGAAGUUGCUUUGGCUUCCGCUCCUGCUGCAAAUAG